GGGCCGCGGCGCGACGGCCGGGGGAGCCGAGCGGAGCCUGCGACCCACAAAGCCGCCGCUGCCGCCGCGAUGGGGCUGUGAGGCGUCCGCCCGCCUUCGGUCCUCAGCCGGCCAGCGACUAUGCCCGGCCGCGCCCGCCCUCCGCGCCCUCCCGCCGCAGGACCAUGAGGCCGCGCUCGGGCGGGCGCCCAGGGGCCCCGGGCCGCCGCCGCCGCCGCCUCCGCCGCCGCCCCCGCGGCCUCCGGUGCAGCCGCCUGCCGCCGCCGCCGCCGCUGCCGCUGCUGCUCGGGCUGCUGCUGGCGGCCGCGGGGCCCGGCGCGGCGCGGGCCAAGGAGACGGCGUUCGUGGAGGUGGUGCUGUUCGAGUCGAGCCCAAGCGGCGACUACACCACCUACACCACCGGCCUCACGGGCCGCUUCUCGCGGGCCGGGGCCACGCUCAGCGCCGAGGGCGAGAUCGUGCAGAUGCACCCACUGGGCCUGUGUAAUAACAAUGACGAAGAGGACUUGUAUGAAUACGGCUGGGUAGGAGUGGUGAAGCUGGAACAGCCAGAAUUGGACCCGAAACCAUGCCUGACUGUCCUAGGCAAGGCCAAGCGAGCAGUACAGCGGGGAGCCACUGCAGUCAUCUUUGAUGUGUCUGAAAACCCAGAAGCUAUUGACCAGCUGAACCAGGGCUCGGAAGACCCGCUCAAGAGGCCAGUGGUGUACGUGAAGGGUGCAGAUGCCAUUAAGCUGAUGAACAUCGUCAACAAGCAGAAAGUAGCUCGAGCAAGGAUCCAGCACCGCCCACCUCGACAACCCACUGAAUACUUUGACAUGGGCAUUUUCCUGGCUUUCUUCGUCGUGGUCUCCUUGGUCUGCCUCAUCCUCCUUGUCAAAAUCAAGCUGAAGCAGCGACGCAGUCAGAAUUCCAUGAACAGGCUGGCUGUGCAGGCCCUAGAGAAGAUGGAAACCAGAAAGUUCAACUCUAAGAGCAAGGGGCGCCGGGAAGGGAGCUGCGGGGCCCUGGACACACUCAGCAGCAGCUCCACGUCUGACUGUGCCAUCUGCCUGGAGAAGUACAUUGACGGAGAGGAGCUGCGGGUCAUCCCCUGUACUCACCGGUUUCAUAGGAAGUGCGUGGACCCCUGGCUGCUGCAGCACCACACCUGCCCCCACUGUCGGCACAACAUCAUAGAACAAAAGGGAAACCCAGGCGCGGUGUGUGUGGAGACCAGCAACCUCUCACGUGGUCGGCAGCCGAGGGUGACCCUGCCCGUGCAUUACCCCGGCCGCGUGCACAGGACCAACGCCAUCCCAGCCUACCCUACGAGGACAAGCAUGGACUCCCACGGGAACCCCGUCACCUUGCUGACCGUCGACCGGCACGGGGAGCAGAGCCUCUUUUCCCCUCAGACCCCCGCCUACGUCCGCAGCUACCCACCCCUCCACCUGGACCACAGCCUGGCCGCUCACCGCUGCGGCCUGGAGCACCGGGCCUACUCCCCAGCCCACCCCUUCCGCAGGCCCAAGUUGAGCGGCCGCAGCUUCUCCAAGGCAGCUUGCUUCUCCCAGUACGAGACCAUGUACCAGCACUACUACUUCCAGGGCCUCAGCUACCCGGAGCAAGAGGGGCAGCCCCCGCCUAGCCUCGCGCCCCGGGGUCCGGCACGUGCCUUUCCUCCGAGUGGCAGCGGCAGCCUGCUGUUCCCCACUGUAGUGCACGUGGCCCCGCCCUCCCACCUGGAGAGCGGUAGCACGUCCAGCUUCAGCUGCUAUCACGGCCACCGCUCGGUGUGCAGUGGCUACCUGGCCGACUGCCCGGGCAGCGACAGCAGCAGCAGCAGCAGCUCCGGUCAGUGCCACUGUUCCUCCAGUGACUCUGUGGUAGACUGCACUGAGGUCAGCAACCAGGGCGUGUACGGGAGCUGCUCCACCUUCCGCAGCUCCCUCAGCAGCGACUAUGAUCCCUUCAUCUACCGCAGCCGGAGCCCCUGUCGCGCCAGUGAGGCAGGGGGCUCAGGCCUGGGGCCGGCACUGUGCUUCGAGGGCUCCCCACCACCCGAGGAGCUCCCUGCGGUGCACAGUCAUGGUGCUGGGCGGGGCGAGCCUUGGCCAGGCCCUGCCUCUCCUUCUGGGGAUCAGGUGUCCACGUGCAGCCUGGAGAUGAACUACAGCAGCAACACCUCCCUGGAGCACAGGGGGCCCAAUAGCUCUACCUCAGAAGUGGGGCUCGAGGCUUCUCCUGUGGCCCCCCCGGACGUCAGGAGGACCUGGAAGGGGGGCCACGAGGGGCCAUCGUGUGCCUGCUGCAGCGAACCCCAGCCCUCCCCACCUGGGCCUAGCGCCGGAGCAGCUGGCAACAGCACCUUGUUCCCGGGGCCCCACCUCUUAGAGGGCUCUGGCCCCUCCGGUGGGGAGCCCCAGCCAGGAAGCUCCCAGGGCCUGUACGGCCUUCAUCCCGACCAUUUGCCCAGGACAGAUGGGGUGAAAUAUGAGGGCCUGCCCUGCUGCUUCUAUGAAGAGAAGCAGGUGGCCCGUCGAGGCGGAGGGGGCAGCGGCUGCUACACUGAGGACUACUCGGUGAGCGUGCAGUACACGCUCACCGAGGAGCCCCCGCCCGGCUGCCACAUGGGGGCCCAGGACCUGAGCCAGCGCAUCCCCAUUAUUCCAGAGGAUGUGGACUGUGACCUGGGCCUGCCCUCGGACUGCCAAGGGACCCGCAGCCUCGGCUCCUGGGGUGGGACACGGGGCCCAGACGCCCCACGGCCCCAUAGAGGCCUGGGAGCAACCCGGGAAGAGGAGCAGGCUCUGUGCUGCCAGGCUAGGGCCCUGCUGCGGCCUAGCUGCCCUCUGGAGGAGGCGGGUGCUGCCAGGGCCAGCCUCCCCAGUGCCCUCCAGGACACUCAGGAGUCGAGCACCACGGCCACUGAGGCUGCAGGACUGAGAUCUCGCUCAGCAGACAGCAGCAGCACAGGAGCCUGAGUUCAGAAGGAGCUCUUACCUGGAAAUUGGAAACUGUAUGGAGACUCCAAACUGACUUCCUUCAAAAAACAUAAACAAAAAAAUUUUUUAGCUUUGACAAACACACAAAAGUGGUAAUAAAGAGAGCCCUCCUUCUCAACCCAAAAUGUGAGCCCCCUGUGGCAAAACCACCCCCUAGCCCAUUAACAAAUCAACAGACAAAAUUCUCCGAGUCCUUUGCCUCUUUUGAUAACAUGUUCUGUUUUGUAAAGUGUGUGUGCUUGGGGUUCCGAGGUGUGGGAUUGAGUUCUGUUUUUGUUUUUGUUUUUAAGAUAUUGUAUGUAAAUGUAAAAAGUUAUUUAAAUAUAUAUUUUAAAGAACCCUAACCACCAACUUUUGCUGAAAAAAAAAAAUCACUGCUGCAUUAAAUGAACCACAUCAUGUGUAGAUACUGUUGUCUCCCUGGAGGGAGCUCAGGCCUUUGAAAAGCUCAGGGCUUCACCUGCCUUAGAAAAUGAACCAGAAACUUGAAGUAAAGCUAGUUGAUAUGGGUACAGGCUCUGAGGAGCAGUACAAAGCUGCCUCUUUCUUUCUCGUGUCAAUCCCAGUGUACACGAUGUCAGGUCCCCAACGCCAUGCCUCUCCAGCCCACGCCUAUAGGUAGGUGAUGGAAGCAGCUAAGGAAAAGGGUGUACAAGAGCCGCAGCCCUGCAGAGCCUGGCCAAGCCGCUGCUACAAAAGUGAUGGGGACGAUUCUGCCCAGUGUCCUCAAUCUGUCCCCUCGGGUCAUGGUCCCAAGUGAAACAACAGAGUUCACAUCCCAUGGUAAGGGCAUGUUCUUGGGGCCCUCGAUCUGAACUCUGAUCUCAGGGCAGGGAAGAGGAGGCUGUCCCCCUUGGUUGUCCUGAUGGAGUCCUUUGCAAAAAUAUUUUGGGCUCCCUGCCACUGGCUGCAGAAAUGGCUUGACAGGGUGUGUGGGGGCAGACACCCAGAAGGAAUGUACUUUUGUGGCCUUGGUGUCCAAUGGGGCUGGGGGAGGAGAGUGCUCUCCACUGACCCAGCAGCACACCAAUGUGCAGUGCGCAUGCGCCUCCCACACCCCUCGGCUGCUGCUUCCUUGGGCUGCCUUUCUGGGGGCAUGUGCCCAGACCCAGGAGGUCUGCACUGAGCUCCAUUUGAAUGAUACCUUUCCUAUCCCAUUUCCCCACGGAAGCACUGCUUCAGGGUUAUUCAGUCUUCUGCCUAAUGGCUGAAAUUGCUCAUCUCGCUUGCAGAUGUCUACUAUCCUAUCUACCUAAUGCACUGGUUAAAUAUUGAUUCUCCAUGAGACAGAGAGAGAGACUAUCAGAUAGU